GUGACAUGAUUCCCUUCUGUUACCAUGUCGCAGUGCUGCACUGAACAUCCUACAUGUCCUAUUACCCUGAUGUAACCUCUGCCAGGAAAUGUCCCUGUCUUCUGAUCCCUAGAAUGGACUGUGGUGUUAGAAAUCGCAGGGAAAAUGCUUUAAUGCAGGGAGGUGCUGUCCAUACUCAUCUAAAAAUCUGACCUCAGAUCCUAACGUGUUCAGUCAUUCCCCACCUCAAAUUCUCAUGUGAAUGCCAAGAUCCUUUUUCCUACUGUGGGCACCAGGUCUCAUUCUUUCGACAAGUCACUGAGGGCUUGGGGGUUUGGUCUUCAUUCUGGACCCCAACCCUCCUGAUGUCCAUGGUGCUGUGUCUGACUUUGUGUCCCUCCUCUGUUCUACCUCAGGAUAAAAAGGCCACACCCGUGAACGAGAAAGAACUGUGUGGAGUGGACCAUCGAUGCAGGGCUGCUGAAGCAGCGAGUGGAGCACCUGGUGCCCGCCUUCCUGGGGAGAGGCCCCACCUACUUCUUCACAUUCUUGGGCAUGUACAGAGCUUUUGCUACCACCCAACAGGUCCUGGAACUAUUGUUUAUGAGAUAUGGCUGCUUCCUUCCUGACACUGAGGAGGAUGGUGGACCCCGGAAGCAGGAGAAAAUGGCCAUUUCCUCCAUCCUGGGCACCUGGCUGGACCACUACCCCGAGGACUUUUUCCAGCCCCCAUAUUUCAUCAGCCAGAAGAUGCUGCAGGCAUAUGUAGGGACCCACAUGCCCGGCUCCGAGCUGCAGCACCACACCCGCCUUCUCUACUCAACAUGGAGAAACUGUGAGCCCAAUGAAUCAGAGUCUCUGGCUACGGUACCAGCUCCAGAGCGAGAUCCAGAUGUCCCUCAGGAGCUAGCCCCCGCUAUCUCUGUGGUGCCCACUGGAACUUCGCAGCCCAGGCUGCCUGAAGCCACCACUCAUUCUGGAGCUCAGCAGUUAGAGGAAGCGGUGACCCUCCCUUCAGCAUCCCCACCAGUGCAAGUGGUAGUUCCAGCUCUGAUUCACUGUCAGGAGCUGGAAGAGCCACCUGCCCCUUUGGUGGACCCACAACCUGAGCAGCCUCCAGCCCCAGCUGGCGGCGUCAUGGAAGGGCUGGAGCAACCACCUGCUACAGCUGAGCAACAAGCCUCAGCUCCCGAGCAGCACCUCAUGUUGGCUGCAGCCCCAAAAGAUGAAUGCCCUGACCCUGUCAUUGCGUUGUUGGUAAUUUUUGUUGUUUGUAUAGAGAACGAAUGCAACACAGGAGGCGCUCCACAGAAACAUGAAGCACCACACCCCACGGCUAUGAAGAACAAAACUGACAAGUCUGCCUGGAACAAGGAGCUUUUCCUUGGGAGAGCAGGAAUGUUGCCUCCUGCUCAUGGCUGCGACUUCCCUGGCCCUGCCUUGGCAUUUUCCCACACCCUCAGGUCCACGCGUUCGUUCGUUCCUUCGCACCUCCACCCUCCAGCCACCAACCCAGUCAGACCUCCAAGGGCACUCAGGGUGACCCCCGAUCUGUACCUGCGCUGCUCCCCACCAAAUGAGCCUAACCCCCUGCUGGAUCUCGGGCCUUCCUCCUCCAGGGAACCAGGGUACAACCCAUAA